GGGAGGGGACGGACAGGGAUUCCUGGGGAAGGCAGACAGCCUUCAACGUCCUGAGGUGAUGGUACUAAGGUCUGUGCAACUUGAAAGAGCCAUGGUGUCUGGAGUCCUUCCACCCGGCUAGGACCAGCUCCAUCUCAUGAGAUCCACAGCCUACGGUCUGGCUUUAUUACAUCACUCAGAUCAGCAGCCCUUCCUCUCAUGCCUCAUCCCCAGGGCCUGGAGGCAGCAGAUGUUGCACCUUGCCUCCCAAUCACCCUUCAAAAUCACUAACCUGGUUCAAAAGCUGUGUAAGGCUAUGUUCCUCCUCAUUGUUGCACACAGUACUGCGACAGAAAUCCCGAGAGGUUCUUCAAGGUGGAGACCUAGGUAUGGAACUGCUGGGUGAUGGGGACGCGUGCAGUAAACUAACAGAGCUUCUUGAGCUGCCACGUGAUUCAUCAGUUUCGACUCACCAGACGCUGACUGAAAGAACUUUGUUUUCUCCUAUCUCCCCAACUUGUUAUGAUCAAACAUUUAAUAAGUGCCUCCCUGAGCAGAUGCAGGCUGCUGACCCAAAGGGAGAGGAGGAGACCUCUGCCCCUGAGGAGCAGGAGACUUGUGAAAUGAAAGAAGGGAAGGAGUGAAGUUCUUCACGCCAGGGCGAGGCUUGUGAAAACAAGGAUGGGAAAGAAGCCUUAUCCUUUAAGCCUAAGGAACAAGAGACCUUUGAAUCCCUGGAAGAAGACAAACCAAUAAGCGUGUUUUCCCCUCCAAGUGAAUUUUCCCCUCCCUCUGUGUUUCCCCCUCCAACUGCACCUACCCCUCCCUCUGUGUUUCCCCCUCCAACUGCACCUACACCCUUCACUCUGUUUCCCCCUCCAAAUGAAUUUCCCCCUCCCAGAGUGUUUCCCCUUCAAUAUUUAAUUCCUUAAAUUUUGUCUUCUCCUUGGAAAGGUAUCUGUUCUGAUAUGCUCUCUCGUGCCUUGGCUCCUUGUGGCAUUUAAUAAUUUAUGUUAAAAGCAAAACUAAGUUCAAUCAGAUGUGUAUGUUCUAUAAUAGAACCAUGUAUAUUUGGUAAAUUUUCUAAUUGAGUAAUAAAGCACAGGUCUUUAUUGCAUGGACCCUAGGAAGAGUACCUCUCCUUAAAAAUAGGUUUGGGAAAUUAUGUUUUGAAGAAUUGAGAAGUCAAAAUAUUUUCCAGGUAAGUAGGACAUUACAGUACAUAAGAGCUUGAGCUCCUUGCUUAGAACUUUCCUGACUUGCUGGUCUUGCAAAGGAAUGAGAUUAGC